UUUCUACUUUCAUGCAAUCCAUCGUCAUGCAACAAGUCCAAGAAUGUGAGACAACUUGAAGAUGGAAAAGCUUCUCUCCUUGGAGAUGCUAUCAAGUAUGUAAAACAACUUUAAGAACGAGUGAAAGUAUUCGAGGAACAGAGCAAGAAGAGAUCUGUAGAAUUAGUAGUCCUUGUGAAGAAUUCUCAACUCUUUGUCGAUGAUGACACUUCUUCAUGUGACGAAAAUUGCGAUGGAGCCUUUGAAUCAGCUCUUCCAGAGGUUGAAGGAAGAGUUUCAAAUAAAGAUGUAUUGAUUCAAAUCCAUUGGGAUAAACACCAGAGAGUUGUCCUAAAAAUACCAAGUGAAGCAGAGAACCUCAGUUAAUCUAUCAUCAACAACAGUUCUUGCCUUUCGGGAAUUCCACACUUGAUAUUACUAUUAUCGCUAAGGUAAUUUGAGUUAAAUCUCAUAUAUCAAACAUUUCCAAAUUAACCAUGGUUUAGUUCAGUACCCAUCUAAUCAAUCUCCAUAGAUGUGUAGAUAUGGAAGCUGAAAUCUCAAAUAUGCCCUUAGCCCAUCAUCCUAUGCACAGGAAUUCUACAAGCUGAGGUUGUGUUAAUUAAUUAACCCACCCAGGCCCUAGCCACCUGAAGCCCUUUUAAGAAUUUCAUUGAUUUUGUUUCUACAAUGUUCUAUAAGUUUCUUCUAGUUUGGGUUGAUUAAUUGUCAAUAGCAAACAGUCAACUUACCAUCAUAACUUCUAUUCUAGACUGAUCCGGAGACUUCCAAAACGACAGCAAAAUGCAUUAUCAUCCUUCUAGAAACGCAAAUAUUCUUUCCAAAUCCAAAACCAGAAGCUUCAAGAAUCCACUAAACUAAUUAACCAUUUUCUUCUAUAUAAAUACUCAAAUUAAUCCACUACCAGCUAAACUACUUGCAAGCUUUGUAGUUCGCUUUCUAGCAGACCAAACUAACAAGAAAAAUGUCCCUUCUUCACUCGUUGAUGAAUCAAAACAGAUUGUUCAAUCCAUUUCAAAGGUUAUUUAUGGAUAAUUCUGGUACCCAAAUGGACUGGAAGGAAACUGCUCACGCUCACAUAUUCGAGAUCGACCUUCCAGGCGUUUCGAAGGAGGAUGUGAAGCUUGAAGUUGAGGAAGGAAGAGUUCUCCGAGUGAGCGCAGAGAGAAAAGAAGAAGCUGAAGAAAAAGGUGAGAAGUGGCAUUGCAAGGAGAGGGCAAGUGGUGGAUUUUUCAGGGAGUUUGAAUUGCCUGAAAAUGCUAAAGUUGAUGAGAUUAAAGCUUCAAUGCGCGAUGGAGUACUUGUGGUGAUAGUGCCUAAAGAUGAACACAGAAAGAAGAAGCCUAGAAAAAAGGGUGUGGAGAUUUAUGGGGAGGAUGAAGGAGAACACGCUCCCAAAGGACUUGGUCGCUUUGUUUGCUGCAAAGCUUAAAGGGAAGUCAUGUGUAACGACACUUCUAAGUUCUGGUAUUAUCCAAUAAUAAGUUGUUUGCUGGCUUUGUGAGUGAGUGAUUUGUUUGUUGAUUCUACGUCUUCUUUUCCUUGUAUACACGUUUGUAUUAUAGUUUCAAGAAUUUUUGUUUUUUGGCUGGGCUUUA